GAAAAGGAAAAAGAUCUCUGCAGCUCGUUUACACCCAGUCAUGGCGCUGUCCCUGUGACCACAAGCCCUAAAAAAAUACAGGAGUAGAAGUAGUACUAGAGGGGAAAAAAACAGCGCCAACUGCUUCCCCUCUCCAUCUCCACCUCCACCUCUCCUCUAAUCAAACUCCCCGAGAGCUUCUUAAUCACCCACGAAAGCAGAGAGAGAGAAAGAGAGAGAGAGAGAGGAGCAGAGGAGGGUGAAGACACAAUAGAAACUGCCGUCUUCAAGGAGAGAGAAAUAGAGAGAGAGAGAGCCCACCUCCACCUCCUCCCCCAACCCAACUACUCGCCUGCUGGCCUCCUCCCCAACCCCCAUUGUGAGGUGAGGUGAUCCCCCCGGCGCCGGCGCCCACCAUCAACUGCUUCAAUUGAAUUGGUGCUCCUCUUUCUGCAACCCCCGCUUGGUUUAUUGGAGGAGAAGAGUAGUUGGAUCAGCAGCAGGCCCGUCGCCAAAAGAGUCUCCAACCAUGUAUCGCUGCUGACCCUGCGCCCUGCCCUCCCCUCCCCUCCCCUCCCUUUCUUUCUUUCGCGGGGAGCUGACUCCGGCGGCAGCGGGAGAGAGCGAGAGAGAAAGGGGCAGACCAGGCCAUGGCCUGAGCUUUCGACUGGUGGUCGGGGCUUCUUCAUCUGCGCUCGAGUCCUACUCCCACAGCCUUCUUUGGGCCCCUCGUCGUCCAGGAUGGCCGCGUCGGCGUCGGCGUCGGUCAAGCUGGGAUCAAAGCCUGACGCCUUCAGAAGGCAGGGACAGGCGUGGUUCUGCACAACAGGACUGCCCAGUGAUGUUACCGUGGAGGUUGGGGAUAUGUCUUUCCACCUUCAUAAGUUCCCUUUACUUUCCAAAAGUGCCGUUCUUGAACAGUUGAUUGAGGAGAGUUCAGACCAGGAAGAGAGCAUCAUCAAACUAAAUGAUAUCCCAGGGUGUGCAAAAUCAUUUGAGAUGGUGGCAAGAUUCUGCUAUGGAGUGAAAAUAGAACUAUCUGCUGCAAAUGUCGUCCACCUGCGUUGUGCCUCUGAGCAUCUCCAGAUGACUGAAGAAAUAUCUGAUGACAACCUGAUUGCACAGACAGAAAUGUUCCUUAACCAGGUGGUGCUUCGUAACUGGAAAGAUUCCUUGAAGGCCCUCGAAACCUGCGAUGACCUUCUCCCUCAUGCUGAAGAUCUUCAAAUUGUUAAGAGAUGCAUCGAGUCAUUAGCAUCGAAAGCAACCACUGAUCCGAACCUGUUUGGCUGGCCGAUAAGGGAACACGGCAUCAUGCAAAGCCCUGGAGGCAGUGUACUGUGGAAUGGGAUCAGCACCGGUGCCAGGCCCAGAAACUUCAGUUCAGACUGGUGGUAUGACGAUGUUUCAUCAUUGAGUUUUCCCAUGUACAAGAGAUUGCUAUCUGGCAUGGAGUCUCGACGCAUACGGCCUGAGAUCAUCGCUGGUUCUUUGGCAUACUAUGCGCGGAAGUACAUCCCAGGACUCAGUAGGCGCAACAGUAUGGGAACAAUGCCCCUGGCUGGCACUCUUUCUGAUGUAGAACAGAGGAACUUGCUUGAGGAGAUCGACAGACUAUUGCCUGUUCAGAAGGGUUUGGUGCCUACAAAACUCUUGCUCGGGCUGCUUAAAACAUCCAUGAUUCUGAAAGCCAGCUCCACCUGCAUUGCCAACUUGGAGAAGCGCGUCGGCAUGCAGCUUGACCAGGCCAGUCUGGAAGAUCUACUGCUGCCAAACUACUCUUACACCAUGGAAACACUGUACAAUGUGGAGUGCGUGCACAGGAUUCUUGAGCACUUUCUGGCAAUGGACCAAGCCAACGGCGGUUGCUCCCCGUGCAUCGAUGACAUGAUGGCGUCCCCUUCCAUGAUACCGAUCACUGCUGUUGCUAAGCUGCUUGAUGGCUAUCUUGCAGAGGUUGCACCGGAUGUCAAUCUGAAACCUCCGAAAUUCCAAGCUCUAGCAUCUGCUUUGCCUGAGUAUGCCCGGCCACUAGAUGAUGGCCUCUACCGCGCCAUUGAUGUGUACUUGAAGGCACAUUCCUGGCUAUCAGAAGGCGAACGGGAGCAGCUAUGCCGGCUGAUGGACUGCCAGAAGCUGUCCCUGGAGGCGUGCACCCACGCGGCGCAGAACGAGAGGCUGCCGCUGCGCGUGGUGGUGCAGGUCCUCUUCUUCGAGCAGCUGCAGCUGAGGACCUCGAUCGCGGGGUGCCUGCUGGUGUCGGACAACCUGGAAGGGUCCUCCAGGCCGCUGCGGAGCGGCGGGGUGGCGAUGUCCGGCGAGGCCGGGGGGUGGUCGGCGGCCGUGAGGGAGAACCAGGUGCUGAAGGUGGGCAUGGACAACAUGAGGAUGCGGCUGGCGGAGCUGGAGAAGGAGUGCUCGGACAUGCGGCAGGAGAUCGAGAAGCUGGGGCGCGGCGGCGGCGGCGGUGGCAAGAGCGGCGGCGGCUGGGCGUCCCAUGUCCCGAGGCGGUUCAGCCUGAAGAUGAAGCCGCAGAUGUGCAGCACCCAGGAGGGGUCGGUGAGCGAGCAGCAGAAGAGCAUGAGCGCCAAGCUCGACAAGCUGCAGGCCAAGCUGUCCAAGCAGAAGCGCCAGCUCUCCGCCGACGCCUGAAUGAAACGCCAAACUCCCUGGUUACUCCUGUGAUUUUAAUUAACUUGGUGUGAGCUGUGUUAUAGUUUCCGUAGCCGUUUCGUUUAGGUUUACAUGUGCCAAGUGCAGUGUUUUGAGUCCCUUGGUGUGAACAUUUCUGGUGUUUUCUUUGGGUGUGUUGGUUAGUGGGAAUGGAAAUGUGUAGCAAAGUUAUCAUGUUGCUCUGUGUUUACUGAAGUAGUGCAAGUGGUCGUCAGUUCGUAGUUGAGGGGACUGAAAUAGUACUACUAUCUAUGCACAUAUCUUUGAUCA